CUACACGGAUGAAAAUGUUUGUGAUACGAGAUUGUACUUACUUUUUGACUGUCAAGUUUUGUAGUAGCUUAGUGUAGUGCACAACUCUAUGUACACAGAAAGACAAAACUAUAAAUAAGUAAAUUCAACGAGAAAUGCGUUUGGCGAGCAUGACGAAUCUCGCGCGCACAUCCGGGAGUUUGCGUCGGUUGACAGAGAGAGUUUGUUCAGCGUCACCGCUGCCUUUCUGCAGGAACAGUGUUUUAUACUCGCACAGUUUCAGUGAAUCUCCAACUGCUGUCAGAUGUUACAGAAGCAGUAACAGACAUUACGCCUCAUCAGCACAUAAAAACUGUUCGUAUCGGGUGCGCGUCAGGGUUUUGGGGUGAUACUUCAACGUCAGUUCCUCAGCUCAUAUAUGGUGGGAAAUUGGAUUUCCUUGUGUUUGAUUAUCUGUCUGAAAUCACAAUGUCACUGCUCUCAGCAGCCUAAGCCAAAGCAGCUAAUAUGGGAUAUGCUCCUGAUUUUGUUCUUUCCCUUUCUCCAUUUAUUAAGGAUAUCAGCAAAAAAGGUAUUCGUGUGGUCAGUAAUGCUGGAGGUGUCAAUCCUCUCGCCUGUGGAGAAGCUCUACAGGAAGUAGUUCAAAAGGAGGGACUUGACUUGAAGGUAGCUGUGGUGACUGGUGAUGACCUGAUACCACAGAAAGACUCUUUGACUGAACUCAGGAUGACUGAUUCAGAGGGAAAGAAACCACUUCCAAAGACCGUCCAAAGCAUGAAUGCGUAUUUGGGCGCCCUCCCUAUUAAACGGUGCCUGGACCUCGGGGCGGAUAUUGUAGUGACGGGACGUUGCGUGGACAGCGCUGUGGUUCUUGGACCGCUGAUGCAUUCGUUUGCAUGGGACUGCAAAAACUAUGGCCUAUUGGCCGCUGGAAGCCUUGCUGGUCAUCUGAUUCAGUGUGGUGCACAGGCCACAGGAGGGAUUUUCACAGACUGGCAUAUGGUUCCUGACUGGGAUAACAUGGGCUUCCCAGUGGUGGAAUGUUCUGCUGACGGUUCAUUUACACUGUCUAAACCUCCAAAAACCGGUGGGCUGGUUUCAUUUGGUACAGUGGCAGAGCAAUUAGUGUAUGAAAUCGGAGACCCACAGCGUUACCUCCUGCCUGAUGUCACAUGUGACUUUUCAGUGUCACCAUUACUGCGAUACCAGAUGUGGAUGGAGGAGCAGUGAAAGUAAAGGGUGCUAAAGGAUCACCUCCGUCAGCUGACUACAAGGUUUGUGCCACAUAUAUGGAUGGGUUCAGGGCGACGGCGGUUUGUCCUGUUGGUGGGCCGAGAGCUGUGGAAAAAGCCAGAAGAACAGCAGAAAGCAUUAUUAAAAGGACCCAGCGAAUUUUCAAACAGCUGGGUCUGGAGGACUAUGCUGAAGUCAACAUUCAAGUUCUGGGUGCUGAGGACACAUAUGGACCACAUGCGGUCGAUACAGUAGGCUGUCUGUUUCUGUUUUAUGUUGAAAAUUGUGUUUAAUAAUUAGUAAACAAAUAUCCUGCAGCUUUUUGAGGCUGU